UUUCUCUAUUGAAGGUUCCAUCAUCAUCAUCUUAUAGUAAUGGAGUUGGAGAUGCAUACGAUCCUUGCUCAAUUGCUGAGACUAGCAUGGAUCGUUGGUACACUUCCCAUUCUCAUCGCUUCAAUUCAAAUUCCCAGACUCAACUUCCUCCAUACAAUCUUGUUGGGUUUUGCUAGAAGGGGAAAAAUCAUGCACUCAUCUUCCCUGAAAUUCACGCUCCCUCAAAGAUUCUUCUUGCACUUUUAUAUUGUUGCAUCAAUAUGGACAACGUUCUUGCUUGAUACAACUUGGUGUUAUGCAUACACAAUGGUGCCAUCGGUUAGGGAAUCAUCUGCAUACUCUACCAUUACAAGCUACUUGAUUGGAGGCUCAGUUUUGAGAACUGGUUCAACUACAAUGCUUCAGAGGCAUGCUAUUUGGCAAGCUGUUUUUCUUCUUUUGUUAAUGGAAGCUCAAGUGUUGAGACGCCUAUUUGAAACCAUAUAUGUAUUUAAAUAUAGCCCCUCUACCUGCAUGCACAUCCAUGAUUAUCUCACUGGAAUGUUCUUCUACCUAGCAGCACCAAUGUCGCUGUGUGCUGAUUGCGCCUUCGAUGUGUUGUACUUCCUAGUAAAUCUAGUCACCAAGUUCAUCGUCGUAGGCAAGGAUCAUAUGCCACCAGUGGAGGUAGAACUUUGGCAAGUUGUAAAUCCUCUUGUCAGACUUGGAUGGAAGCAUUGGAUUGGUGCGACUGUUUUUUUCUGGGGUUGGAUUCACCAACAAAGAUGCCAUAAGAUUCUUGGUUCGCUUCGAGAUUCAAGACAAGCAGAGGAAUAUGCAAUUCCUCACGGUGAUUGGUUUGAAAUUGUUUCCUCUCCACAUUAUCUCUCUGAAAUGGUUAUAUACGGCAGUUUUGUUGUUGCCAUUGGAGGAUUCGAUCUAACCAUAUGGCUACUACUUGUUUUUGUGCUGGCAAAUCUGUCAUUUGCAGCAGUGAAAACACAUAGAUGGUAUCAUCAGAAAUUUGAAGAUUAUCCAAGAAGUCGGUUUGCUGUUUUACCAUAUAUUCUCUGAGAUAAUGAGACAAAUAGACAAUGCUUUUCAUAUUAGAUUUAAGAAAAGCACUACGUUAAUUCUCAUAGAUGUGCCUGUUCGUAUGAACUUAUUUAGUUUAUAGAAAAAAGGCUUGUAUUUAAUAUACUGAGAUUUCUACACACGA